AUGUCACGUGGCCGUAUUCAUGGUUCUUCAAAUGAAAAUAACAACAUUGUCUAUGAUCGAGGUCAGCCUUGUAUGGUAGUGAUCGAUCCCGCUACAUGCAUGCUUCGCAUUCCCCUAAUUUAUAUCCAUAAAACCCGUGCUCAGAAUCGAAGUGGAUCUCCCUCACUUUGUCAGCUUUUCUUGAACAACCGCUGCCGUCAAGGAUCGAAUUGCUUUCAAGUCCACGCAGAUUUGAGUGUCGUGAUGAGCUUGCGAAAUGAAGUGGACAGCCUACCGUACUGCUGUAUGGCUCAUGGUGACGCCGACCGUCUUGGCAUAUAUCGCCCCGACUCCCAUGAGACACCUUGUUCACCUUCGAAUGGUGCAGAAGAUAAACAGAUGGGUGAUACUUCAGGUGAGAGUUCUGGAGAAACACAUCCGUCCCUUUCUCCACAAUAUGCGAUGAAAGAUGUGGUAUUAUACAUUCCAGGAUGUACUAUGGGUCCCUGCUACCCUCAAGGAUAUGAUAGUGACGACAAAGGUCCCUACAUUCCAAUCUCCCGUUGCAGUUACACGCUAGCUCUGCGCCGUUUAUUGACAGACCGCGACCUUCAGAACGCCCCCCUGUUUUGGACAGGGAAAAAUGGUGACAAAAUGAAUCUGGUUUUGGAUGCCAGCAAUGUGAUUCUUUGCCGCAUGCACAUAAUAGAUCGGUGUCUUUACGCUGAAGAAUGCAAAUUCCUACAUUUGUGCAAAGAAAUUGCGCUUUUAAAUCCUGAUUUGAUUCAUUCCAUGGGACUACAGAUGGAACAAAGACAACUUACUAGGUCACCACGCCACGCCUGCUCCAUGCUCUACCAAUAUCAUCCCAGCAUGGCGUCACCAUCAUUCCAUGCUGGCGAGACAUGCUGCUGCCCCAUGAACCCGCGCAUGUGGCAGAGCCCCGGCGAUCACUCGUACUCGUCUUUUCUCACCGACAGCACAUCGCGGUAUAAGGAGCAGCCGCCCGCGAUUCCACCAUAUAUGUGGAACCCAAACAUAGGUCCCUGCAAUAUUGAAGGCCACCCACAGGACUCAGGUCCAGAUCCAACCACUCCUUCCUGUAUUCCUCUAUCAAAGCCAAUCAACACUCGGAGGCUGUUAAUCCCAGGGGGCAUGUGCUCAGAACCUAACAGUGAUGACACAUCCACUUUGCCCAGGAUUCCUUCACUUCAAAGCGCCGCGCAACAUCCUUGCCAACACAUCCAUGGGGCUUCCCAACCCCACUCGAUUGACAGCUGCCCGGACACCAACGCCGCUUCAUCGUUUUCCACGCUUAUGAACGACAAGGCUGUCAUGUCGAUAAGCGACCCAGCGCACGGUACGAACUUAAGCACUUCGAACUCCUCAAAGCUGAGCAACCAAAAUGCGAAUAAAAACGAGUCCUACACUUCACUGAUCAACUCAUCUCGUACUGUAACCUCUGACAGUCCGAAACCCCCAUUACCGAAUGACCAACACACUCUAUUGAAGCACACUAAGUACCUCAGCAAAUCGUGCCCAGCGCAUAAUCGAAUCAAUUUCCUAGCCAUGGAUCCUGCUGAAUCAACAACGAUAGCUGGUGCUGAUGUUGUGCGAAGGUUUAAUUUUCGGGUGUAUUCAAAAGACCAGAACUUAACAUUCUUCGAGAAAUCCACUACACAGCAGAAGAGCACACCUUGUUGGCAGCACAACCCCUACUCUGGAGUGACGUUGGGUGGGAUCAAUUUGUUCUGCAACGAUAAUACCGUAAUGAGUGCGAAUGUUUAG